AUGCAUGGAUCACGAUCAACUUGUAACCAUCAUACAUCAACUAGCUCAGUUAAUCGAGGCAUUUAUCCUGCUCAAGUGGAGAAAUCAUCCAACUUUAAGAAGAUAUCUAAUUCUCUGCGUAAUUCUCCAACAUUUUCCACGCAUUCAGCCCCAUUUCUUAAUCAAAUAUGCGAUCAAGGUAUAACAAUGAAAUCACCAGUAGGUGAAUCGAAUAUUGCCUCUUUUUCUAUGGCAAGCGUAAAAGAAGUAUUGGAACGAUUGAAAACUGAAGUGGAAACUGAACGUACUAAACGAUCAAUUAUAGCUCGACAACGAAGUCAAGAUAUACACAAAUUGACAACACGUUCAAAAGCUGAGAAUCGUAUUCUGUUAUCAGCAUUAAGGCAUGCUGAGAAUAAAGCAAAAUUGUAUCGUGAUGAAUAUCACAAGCUUAAAAGUAAAGGUGAUUACUUGAAAAUUUGA